AAUCAUGAGCAGCUCUGGGCAGAUCCCACCUCCAAAACGGAGACCAACAGCUAUUUAUCUGAAAAUGAUGAAAAGAAAUGAUGGAAGCUUAAAGUCAUCAGGAACAGCAUUCAUUAGACAGGUUGUGAGGCUAUGGAGGAGUAACCUCGGGAUAAAAAAUUACGUGAAUAAGUUGCUUCAUAGCAUCUUUUUCUUAGGUCACAUUCAUGAGGACAGUCUUCCUCCAACUGCCUUCUUUGAGUCUUCAGAGGGUGAGGAUGUGAUAAAUGAUUUAAAAAGGAAAUUUCCAGAGCUAUUCGACAAAUACAGGAAUAUACCCGACCAGACUCCAUUUUCCAUUCUCCUGGAUUUGGCUGUCAAGAUUUGUGGUCAUGAGAAGGAAGAGGGAAUAAAACGCUUUCUUCUAGAUUUCCUGAAACAAUUGGCCUUGCCCAAAAAAGGUGAGAAUAACUACACAAACUACUACACUCUGGAGGCCACUGUCAUUGCUGUGUGCCACAACAAAUCCAAAGGAGUGAAGAACUAUGGAGCAUCCCUGUCCUGUAGAGGGAAGACAGGAAAGAACAUUAUGAUCAAUUACUCAUGUCUAAAAGUGUGGCAUGACUAUGUGUCUUAUGCAGUGUUGUCAUUCAGAGAUAAUCAGAGAAACGGUAUCAGAUUCCCUGACACCGUAGAAUGCAGAGCGUUCUACAGGAAUCAACAGAGCAAUUGUUAUGAAGACCGAAUGCCGUGCCAGAACUGUGGGGAUCUUUUCUCUCUCUCAAACCCUGCGACGGUCAGAAAAGACUUUCCCUACGGAAACUGUGCUGAGACAGAGUGCCUAAGUAAACUUCUAUUAUGUGAUCAGGAUGUCUGCAACAAUAUGAGUUUUGGACACUACACAAAGGAAAAUGUCUUAGAGAAACUAACAAGUCUUAGAAGUAUGGCAAAAAACGAUUUGGAACAGGAAGGUUUUGUUGAACACAGGAGUUAAUGAUUGCAUGAUGGUGUUUUUGCUGUGCUUGAUUUGGAAGUUUCUUUGCUCACUCAACUGUGAUUAAGGCAACUGUGCCAUAGUCAUAAAACCUAAGUAAAUGGUUUGCAAAUCUGUCAUUGAGAGUUGUGAAUUACAGAUCGGACAUCAAACAAUACAAUUAUUACCACUAAUAACAGACAUAGAAAGCAACAACCUUGGGAAUACAUUUUGAAAUCGUUUUACUUUUUCGUUUGGUCUUUUUGUUCGGUUGAUUUAAAAAAAUAUGUAUUUCUUUUUUGGGGGAUGUUUAACUGAAAUAAUUUAAUAAUAAGCUAUCAACUUUGUCCCUUAUCAAAUAGUCUGCCAUGUGCUUUGUGUCACAGUGGAAACUGUAUACACAUUUCUGAUGUGACAGGAAACUGCAGAAAGGGUGUGACACUGAACUUGUUUGAAUGCAGACCAUUCAGAGAAACCACAGCUAAACCAACGGACAAAUACAGACAGCAUGAUGAUAAAGCUACAUUGAUGUUACUUUAUGACACAAACUUAUCUUCUAA